AUGACGACACCACGAUCGCCGGCGACAGAUUUCUUCGGAAUAUCAAAGACAGCCUGCAAAGCAUACAAAUCCAUCGUCACCAAAUUGCAUCCUCUCUCUUCUCAUCGCAAAACCGACUCCGACGCCGAUUCCGCGAUCCACCAGAAAUAUCUAGAGGAAAAAUUCGCGGAGGAGGAUGAUCUCAUCGCUGCUCGUCGAGGUCUCCGUUUACAGAGCAUGGACGACAGCUCCGUCUUCAAACGCCGUUCUUCUCUCCUCUCAAACUCCAGCAGCCGUCGCAGCCACACGCCGCAAGCUCGCCCCACGUACCUCUCCUCCGCCUCUUCAAACCGCCGCUCCACUUUCUCAAGAACCACCAGCCGCAGAGACGACGGCGGCGGCGGCGGAAGCAGCCACGGCGGGGUCGGGAGAACACACGGUCUCAAAUCUCGCCCCGUAUCCAACAACGCCAGCCCCAUGACGUCACCUUUCACGAGCCCGAGAGGGAAAGAUCAGACGUUGGGAGAUUUGUUUGGCUCGGCGCAGGGACUAACGUCUUCUCCGACCUCUACAACGUCUUCUCCGAAGACGAUUUCGAAGAGUCGUAGCAAGAGAGAUAAAGACGGUAGAGGCUCGGCGACGGCGACGUCGACGUCAGCGGCGUAUUCGAAGAGUACGAGCACGAGGCAACAGUCAAGGAGGGAUAGGGGUGGAUCAAUGGGGAAGAGCGUGAGCAGGAGGAGUACGACGCCGAUAGUUUUCUCGCAGUCGACACAGCCGAAGAAGCCGCCGGCUGUGGAGAAGAAGCUUGAGUGUACGUUGGAGGAGCUCUGUCAUGGUGGAGUCAAGAACAUUAAGAACAUCAGGGACAUUAUCACCGAUGAAGGGUUGAUUAGGAAACAAGAAGAGACGUUGAAAGUGAACAUCAAACCAGGAUGGAAAAAAGGUACCAAGAUCACAUUUGAAGGAGUAGGGAACGAGAAACCAGGCUACCUUCCCGAAGACAUCACAUUCGUGGUUGAAGAAAAGAGACAUCCUUUGUUCAAAAGACGUGGAGAUGACUUAGAGAUAGCGGUGGAGAUUCCACUUGUAAAGGCUUUAACAGGAUGUAAACUCUCGGUGCCGUUACUGAGUGGUGAGUCAAUGUCGGUAUCUGUAGGAGAAGUGAUCUUUCAUGGGUUUGAGAAGGCUAUUAAAGGUCAAGGUUUGCCUAAUGCUAAAGAAGAAGGUAAACGAGGUGACUUGAGAAUCACGUUUCUAGUUAAUUUCCCGAAGACGUUGAGUGAAGAGCAACGAUCAAUUGCCUAUGAGGUCUUGAAAGAUUGUUCUUGGGCUUAAAAGGUUGAUCUUAUACGGGUUUUAUGCCAUUCACUCCAUGUCUUUGUCUUUGCUCUUCUUUGUAUAUAAGAUUCACGAGUUGAGGGGCUUGAGGCUUUAUUAUGUUUUUCUUAGAGUGAGCUGUUUUAUGAUUCUUGAUGUGGAUGAUACAAUUGUCUUCU